ACAUACUCAAUCUCACAACGACAGCCCAUCAUUCGUUCGCAGGAGGGCUGCAAAACACUAAGAAUCACACACGCACAGCGAUUCGACAACUAUCAUGGCAAAUAUGGAAAGUCUCGGCCAGAUUCCGCUUGCUUACGCUUCGUGCUCCAUUGGGUGUCGUGAUGAACAUACAAUGCCCAAGAAGCUCGCCGCCAUCUCUGCAGCCGGUUUUCAAGCAAUCGAAUUGUCCAUGUCCGACCUCGUUUCUUUUGCCAAUCAACAUCUCGGCCGCGCCGAUGCCAACGAGAUAACGGGAACUUCCUAUGAUGCGCUCUGCGAAGCUGGCACCGAAGUCCGUCGUCUUUGCGCCUCGCAAAACCUUUCCAUCCUGGUUCUCCAGCCUUUUGAAAACUUCGAAGGUUGGCCGAAGGCAAGUCCUGAGUAUCGUGACGCAUGGGAUCGCGUCAAUGGUUGGGUACGAAUAAUGCAGGCUGUCGGGACCGACCUGCUACAAGUUGGUUCUUCAGAUUCGCCUGCAGAAAAGAUUGGUACAGACCGCGCGCGGUUCGUGGAGGAUCUCCGCGACUUGGCCGACCUCCUCGCCAGCAAGGGCUUCCGCGUGGCGUACGAGAAUUGGUGCUGGAGCACGCACGCGCCGGAGUGGAAGGACGUAUGGGACAUCUGUCAAAAAGUCGACCGCGAAAACUUCGGCUUGUGUUUGGAUACCUUCCAGUCGGCUGGAGGUGAAUGGGGAGACCCGAGGACGAGCAGUGGGCUGAGAGAGGAUGCUGGUCGCUCGAAGGAACAGGUUUUGAAGGAUUGGGAGGCUUCCUGUAAAAGCCUCGCCGAAUCGAUUCCGAAGGAGAAGAUCUUCUUCUUACAGAUCAGUGAUGCUUACCGGCCAAAGCAACCCUUCGAGGACAAGGAAAUCGAUGGUCUUCGACCGCGCGGGCGCUGGAGUCACGAUUUUCGUCCACUACCAUUCGAAGGAUAUUUGCCUGUGGUAGAUUUCACGCGAGCUGUUCUUGCAACUGGUUUUCGGGGAUGGUUCUCUUAUGAGGUUUUCGACGGUGGUCCAGACGGAAAGGGCAAGGACUAUGAGCUUGAUGAUCUCGCCAAGAGCGCCAUGGCAUGUCAGAGGAGGCUCAUGGACGCAUGUAGAGCACCUUCAUGAUGGAUAUGCCUUGCUUUUCGGAUGCAGCUGCAUCGGUAAGACGCUAUCAUGAUAGCUCAAUGGUUUCAUUGACAUCUCGGUCGCAUCUUUCGCGCACGAGUGUUGCGCUGGAUUCUAGGCCUACUGCUGCCGGCAAUGCGCAGUUGGUUGAGCUGCCUCGCCAGCAUGACCGUCCUUGAGGGAUAAUCUAGCAUGCAAAGGCAGGACUGUGCUUGCUUGUCCCGCGAUCGACGCCUUGCGGUCCAAUGACCAAAUGAUUACUUGCUUGCAUGUACUCUGACAUUGCGGGUGACGUGCCAAGCUGCAGAUAGCACCGCCGUGUGCUUGAGACUUUGAGACUUAAGACUUGCGUUCAUUAAGACUUGUCGUCAAGUAGCGCGGAGUUCGAUCCAACACAGCUGCAACGAUGUUCUUUGUGCCGUUGUACCACCUCGGGAGUGCCAACCCGCGCCUAGGGUACACCCAUG